AUCAAUGCUUGGGCUCACGUUUUGUAAUGUAUACGGCUAUCCGAUUACCACGUUGGAUUCUUAAACAACAGAUAUUUUCUGGGUGGGUUGUACCAAAACGAAGAGAGCCCUGAAUUAUCUUCUACAUUUCCCCUGAAAUUGGUUAAUAGACCUUAAAAUAAAAUGGAGAAUAACGGCUAUAAUUAUUUGAAAGUUUUGUUAUUGACAAUCUUAUUCUUGAAUUCUCCAAAUAAUUCUUGGGGUCGCAAACAUGGCGAUGGUGUACAACCGUUGUCCCAGAUCAAUAUUCUCGGUACAACUCUAGAUCUUCACAAAGAGGUUCAUCUUGAUGUUUCUUAUAUUCUUCUGGAUUCCAAGGGAAAUGAGGAGAAAGUACCUUGUAGACAUAUGGCUCGGACUGAAAGCAUGUCACUUGUCCAAGAAAAUGAGAAGAGCAAGCUGAAAAUGUUAAAGAAUGAAGGAGAUGAAGUUCAAAGUACAACCACCAAAGAGAGUUAUGGCUAUAUUGCAAGGGUAACGGUGGAUAUCGAUAUCGAUCAGCCAUCUCCAGAUGACUGGGUUGGAGUUUUCUCCCCUUCAAAAUUCAAUGUAUCUGCAAGUUGUCAAGAAGUUGGUAACAAAAGAGUUGAGGAGCCAUAUAUAUGCACCGCACCCAUUAAGUAUAAGUAUGUAAAUCACUCCACUCCCAAUUACCUUGAAACUGGAAAAGCUACUGUGGAAUUUGAUUUGAUCAAUCAACGAGCUGAUUUUGCAUUUGCAGUUUUUUCAGGGGGAUUGUCUAAUCCAAAACUUGUGAAAAUUACAGAACCUAUAUCACCUUUUCCAAAUCCUAAAGCGCCUCUUUAUCCACGCCUUGCUAUGGGAGAGACAUGGGAUGUGAUGACAGUAACAUGGACAAGUGGUUAUAACAUGGAUGAAGCAGUCCCUUUUGUUGAGUGGGGGCGUCCUGGUGGUUCUACCAUGCAAUCACCUGCAGGAACUUUCACAUACACUCGCAAUCAAAUGUGCGCUUCACCUGCACGAACAAUUGGUUGGCGUGAUCCUGGAUUCAUACACACUAGCUUUUUAAAGGAUUUAUGGCCAAACACAGUAUACAGCUAUAGGAUGGGCCAUCUCAUAUUGUCUGAUGGUUCAUAUGUUUGGAGCAAAAACUAUAAGUUCAAAUCUCCUCCAUUUCCCGGAGAGAGCUCAUUACAACGUGUUGUUAUCUUUGGCGACAUGGGAAAGGGAGAACGAGAUGGCUCAAAUGAGUACGCUGACUACCAACCAGGAGCAUUGAACACAACAGAUCAACUAACCAAAGAUAUUGACAACAUUGAUGCUGUUUUCCUUAUUGGAGAUUUGCCUUACGCCAAUGGAUACAUCUCACAGUGGGAUCAAUUUACUGCACAAGUAGAGCCUAUUGCAUCAUCUGUACCCUUCAUGGUUGCAAGUGGUAAUCAUGAACGCGACUCACCAGAUUCAGGAUCAUUUUAUGCAAAUAAUGACUCUGGUGGUGAAUGUGGUGUUCCUGCAGAAACAACAUUUUACGUUCCUGCUAAAAACAGGGCUAAAUUUUGGUACUCAGCAGAUUACGGAAUGUUCCACUUCUGUAUAGCUGACACUGAGCAUGACUGGAGAGCCGGCACUGAACAAUACAAAUUCCUGGAGGAAUGCCUUGCAUCAGUAAAUAGGCACAAGCAACCUUGGUUGAUCUUUGCUGGUCAUCGCCCCCUCGGUUACUCCUCUAAUAAGUGGUUCGGUGAAGAAGGCUCUUUUGAAGAGCCCAUGGGUAGAGAUGACUUACAAAAACUGUGGCAGAAGUACAGGGUUGAUAUUGCAUUUUGGGGACAUGUCCAUAAUUAUGAGAGAACAUGCCCUGUUUACCAGAACCAAUGUGUGAAGAGCAAAGAAGAGACAUCUCAUUACUCAGGUGUGGUAGAUGGUACAAUUCAUGUUGUUGCUGGUGGAGGUGGAGCUCACUUAAACGAAUUUAGUCCAAUAAAAACUAGUUGGAGCAUUUACAGAGACUAUGAUUUUGGAUUUGUGAAGCUCACUGCAUUUAACUAUUCAUCUCUGCAAUUUGAGUACAAGAAGAGUAGUGAUGGCAAGGUUUAUGAUUCCUUCACUAUAUCUAGAGAUUACAAAGAUGUUUUGUCUUGUGUCCACGAUAGUUGUGCCCCGUACACGUUGGCUAGUUAAAACAAAGGGGAAUUAUCAAAAUAUUACACUAGUAACAUGCCAAUUAGUUUCGGACAAAGGGUGUAUGUUUUCACCUCUUUUUGUAGCGUAAUUUGCUGAUGUUCUAGGCUUGUUGCUCAAACGAUGUACGUAUAAAUAAUCUUACUACUUUCA